UGUUUCAUUGGAGUCUCUGUGAGUUUUUCACUGAGGCAGGGGUCAGCUGAAAGACAAAGAAAAAUGGCGAAUAGUUUGUUGGGAGGGCAGCUGUUCCGCUUUGUACCACAGUGGACACUCCAGAGACCUUUUCCUGCAUCUCCUACUGUCUUUGUUUCCUCUUCCUCCACCUUUGGUGUGUUUUUUUUUUGUUUUGUUUUGUGGAGAAGGGGUAGGAAUGACUUAAUUAGCUCUGUCAGAGGAGACACAGUUAACUGCACAUAAAAUUAACGCAAUCCCUGCUCCUAUAAUGUCCACGGAUGGGGGCUUUGGUGCAGGAGGCAACAGCGAUGCCCAGCAGUGCCUUCAGUCUUUCUGGCCUCGGGUCAUGGAGGAGAUUCGAAACCUUACAGUGAAAGACUUCAGAGUUCAGGAGCUUCCAUUGGCACGUAUUAAGAAGAUCAUGAAACUAGAUGAAGACGUAAAGAUGAUCAGUGCAGAAGCGCCUGUUCUGUUUGCCAAGGCUGCUCAGAUAUUCAUCACAGAACUGACACUACGGGCCUGGAUACACACAGAGGACAACAAGCGCAGGACCUUGCAGAGAAACGACAUUGCCAUGGCCAUCACCAAGUUUGAUCAGUUUGACUUUCUCAUUGACAUUGUUCCAAGAGAUGAACUUAAACCUCCCAAGCGCCAGGAGGAGGUGCGCCAGGCUGUGACCCCAGCAGAGCCCGUCCAGUACUACUUCACGCUUGCUCAGCAGCCUGCGGCUGUCCAGGUGCAGGGGCAGCAGCAAGGGCAGCAGACCACCACAUCCACCACGACCAUCCAGCCAGGGCAGAUCAUCAUAGCACAGCCUCAACAAGGACAGACCACUCCCGUGACCAUGCAAGUUGGCGAAGGGCAGCAGGUUCAGAUUGUCCAGGCUCAGCCGCAAGGGCAGGCGCAGGCGGCGCAGAGCGGGACUGGGCAGGCCAUGCAGGUCAUGCAGCAGAUCAUCACCAAUACGGGCGAAAUCCAGCAAAUACCGGUUCAUCUCAAUGCCGGCCAGCUGCAGUAUAUCCGCUUAACUCAGCCCGUCUCGAGCGCCCAGGUGGUCCAGGGCCAGAUCCAGACGCUGGCAGCCAACACACAGCAGAUUGCACAGACGGAGGUGCAGCAGGGACAGCAGCAAUUCAGCCAGUUCACAGAUGGACAGCUCUAUCAGAUUCAGCAAGUGACCAUGCCUGCCGGCCAGGACAUCACUCAGCCCAUGUUCAUCCAGUCCACCAACCAGACAACAGAUGGACAGGCCCCUCAGGUUACGGGAGACUGAAUCGGUCCAGCCAGAGGGCUUUGGGAUGUGAUGGAAUUUGCACCAACUUGAUGCCAGGCAGGUCCAGAGGCCCUCUUCAGCUCUUCCCCUCCCUUCCAUCCCUUCCCCAAUAUAUAUCUGCAUUUGAUAUAAAGCUGCCAAGGGCAGUGAUCUACGUCGUAUUAUAUGAACUGCUUCAUUCUGGUGGGAGGCAAGAAAACCCCACAAACUGACAAUGUUGCAAUAUAUUUCUUUAAAGAAAUUGCAAAUUCUUCAUUGCUCAGCAAUUCUGCUCUGUACAUAAUGACGAAUUUUUAUAGGGCUCUGUCAAAAGCAGUGUGACUGUUGUUCGUCUCCCUGUUUCUUCGUUGGUCCAGCAUAAUUUUUUUUUCCCUCCCCACUUUCCAAUAAACUUUGACAUCUGGGAUUUUCAUUGUAUGACACCUCUGAGUGAGCAGUAGUUGGACGCAUCCCAUCUGUGUGAUUCACUCAGGAAGUGUUUGUGGGCAGGUAUGUGUGAGAGAUGUUUUUCCUCUCUUUUUUUAAAUGCCCCAAAUCUAAGUAUUGCUGUCUUCAGCUUCCAAGGCAGAUGUGGGGAACCUUUGGUCUUCCAGAUGUUGCUGAAUUACAAUUCCCAUCAUUUGGCCAUGCUUGCAAGGGCUGGUUCAGCAAUAUCUGGAGGGCUGAAGGUUCCCCACACUUGUUCCGGGGGGGGGGGAGUAAAAAAAAACAAAACCCCACUCAUUCUGUAUUAAAUCUAUUUUCUAAGGCAGCUUCCCCAGUACUGCGUCUUCCAGAUGCUUUGAGCACCAGCCAGCUGAUGGGAAUUGCAGUUCAAAAAAUCAGGAGGGCACCAGGUUGGAUGAAGUUGUUCCUAAGGCUUUAAAGUUGGCCUUGAGCUAUUUUUUGGAAAAUACUUGAGGUUUGGACACACAGAUUUGAGUUCUUAGUUAACUGUAUAAAAUCUCAGUCAAUGUAUGUGUUUAAAAAGCUGCAUGAAAUGCAAUAAACUUGUUUUCUAUGAUA